AUGAAGCUCACUGGUUUUGAGCAGCUCAGCAAGAAGGCUCAAGCGGCGGAGAUAAAGAGGAUCAGCAAGGAAAAGAGAAUAUCCGUCCCAUGCUCGGGUACGAAAGCCGAACUGAAACAGAAGUACAAGGAACUGCUCGAGAAAUAUGAGGAGCUCAAGGACGAAGAACCAAUUGUUGCCACCAGUGAGACCACAACCCUGUCCGAAUCAUGGACCCGCAUAUCCACUCGGAAAGGACAUCCCGUAUCCACGAUUGCGUCUAAAUGCUUAGAAGUUUUGGGGUGCCGCAUCUACCACCCAGUCGCAGAUGAGCCCGAAGACACAGAGGUGGAGGACGCUCGAACUGCUCACUUACAACCCAUCCUGACCGCUAUCACACGAAUAUGCAAAUUCAUCGAGUGCAUGCCUCCCACCUCCGACGCUGCGCUAAACUUGACGGUAUUGCGAAACGAAGUCACUGUGAACAUCAACGAAGGCCAACUGGAGACAGGGGACGCGCCAUUGAGCGGCUUGGACGAACUACUUAAAGCCAUGGAUUUCACAGGGGAGGGAGCAGAGCGGGUUCCUGGGCAAACGGAGGAGACGGUUCCCUCAGACGUACCUCUUCUGAAGUCUGAUAUGGAUACAAUCAGAUGCUGUUUGAAUGAGCGGCUCAUGAACUGGGUCUCGUCCUUCCCAGCAGCGAGCGUGGAAGAAGCACAAUGGCCGAAAGACUUUUCGGAGAAGGAAAAGGAUGCAAUCCGUGCCUACUGUAGGGAGAAGAUGGAUGAGUAUCCGGGGCCGUGGGAUGCAUGGGACGCUGCACAACCAGAGGCGGAACUACUCGCCUUCAUCAAAGCGAUCAUGGGGGAUGAGGGAUUUCCAGCGGCUGCAGAGCGGACGAGAAGCGUACUUACCCUCCGAAACAUUAUAUCAAAUCUGCGGCAAGAGUUCAAGUCACAGAGUGUCAAGCAAUUGGCGGGCAAGAAAAGGGCGGGCAAGGCACAAGGUAAGAAGGGUAAGAAAAGGAAGAGUGAUGAGGGGGUGGUUGGGAGCUCUGGCGGAGAAAGCGAGGCAGAAUAUGUUCUGGAAGACGAAAGCGAUGAGGAGUAG